AGUGCGUGGACAACUUCUUCCUACAUGAGGGGAAGUGUGUGCCGGACUGCCCUUCACACUUCUAUGCUGAAGACAAGCAUUGCUUUCCCUGCCAAGCCAACUGCAAGGAUUGUGAUGGGCCAGACUUGGACGACUGCACUGAGUGCACCAUCGACUUCUUUGUCCUCUACAAUGGCAUGUGUUUUGAAGAGUGCCCUGAAGGGACUUACUAUGAAGAAGACACUGCAGACUGUCAAGAUACAACCUGUGUUGAAACAUGUCCAGAUGGGUAUUAUGUUGACAGCGACAAGGGACAAUGCUCCCCAUGCCACAGCGCCUGUGUCACUUGCACUGGAAAACACAGCUCACAGUGCCUUUCCUGCAAACCGGGCUGGUACAGACAAGGAAAAGGAUGUGUAAACCAGUGUCCAGCAGGGUAUUUUGCACAAAACUCCACUGGGUCAUGUGAGAGAUGCCACAAGGGUUGUAAGGAGUGUAUGGGGCCUCAACCCACAGACUGCCUUUUCUGUGAUAUAUAUUUCUAUCUUUUGCGCUCCAAGAACGAAUGCAUUAGCUCUUGUCCUGAAUAUUACUAUGAAAACAAGGACAACAAUGUCUGUGAAAGAUGCCACCCUUCCUGCCGAACUUGUGAAGGGAAGGGAACAUUCAGCUGCACAUCUUGUGUAUGGAGCUACAGCUUAUUAGGUGGAAUGUGCACCUCAGACUGUUUUGUAGGUGAAUACAAAGUCCAGGAGACACCAGGACAAGAGGGGGAUGAGCCCAAGUGUGAGCAAUGUGACAGCUCGUGCACUGAGUGUAAGGGACCUGGGCCUCUCAACUGCACAGUCUGUCCAGCCAGCAUGCAGCUCUACCUGGAGGAAAGCCGCUGCCUGCCCUGCUGCAGUGACUCUGACCUGACAGCCACUCCAGAGUGCUGUGACUGCAGUGAAACACAAGAUGACUGUGUGUUACGGACCACUCUACCACCCGAGAGCAAAAGCAAAACUACUUUCUUUGUUAUUACCUGCAUUUUGCUUCUCCUUGUCGUUGGAGCCAUUAUAUUCAUCUGGAGAAAAUCACGAGUGAAAACCCAGGCUGUCAAUAAAGGUGGGUAUGAGAAGCUGACAAAUCACUCCAAAACCUUUCCUUCCUAUGUGAGCAACUACCACGAUAGUCCCAGUUACCAGGAAGAUCAAGUGAUUGAGUAUAGAGAUCGAGAUAAUGAAGAUGAUGAUGAAGAAGAUGACAUUGUAUAUAUGGGUCAGGACGGCACAGUCUAUCGCAAAUUUAAAUAUGGACUUUUGGAGGAUGACGAGGAAGAUGAGCUUGAAUAUGAUGAUGAAAGUUAUUCAUUUAGAUAA